UAAGGGAGAAAGAGAGAGCCACACAACCAAGAAAGCAAGAGGAAGGGGAAGCUGCCGCAGGUUCGUUUUCCAGUGCGUAAGGUUACUUGUUUGCUUCAUAUCUCGAGCUAUACACAUCCAAAUAAGGCGUGAGAGAUACCCACAGAAAGCUCUCAAGACGAGGAAUCCGUGAAGGUCUGGUUUGCAUCAAUCGGAGUAGUGGAAGGCUUUCAAAUCGUCCGAGCAAAACACAACCUCGCGGAAUACGUUUUUGUAUUCAAAGUUAGGGAACGAUUUCGUCGGGAAACACCCGUUCUAGGGACUGUUUUUGUGUCUUCGGUUAGGAGUUGAACUAGCACUUUGAAGAGGCUGUUUAACACUCAAUUCCAAGCAAGGAAUCAGUCCUCAAUCUUUCUUGGCCGAGGCUUUGGUCAUUGGAUCGAGAAGGAAAGUUUCAAAGCUCAUUUGAGUUUCAGGUAGGACUUGAAGGUUGCUACCACGCCCGUUGCUUCGGGAAGAUCAAAGGAGGAGGACGUGGUUCGUGCUUCUUCCGUUUCUGUUUUAAACAAUUACAAUAAUGCUCAUGGAAAUUAUUUUGAAUACUAUUUGGGGGCUUGUAUGCCCAUGUUUGCCACGUGUGGCUUGAAUACGUGUAUUAAUGUUUCCGCUGUUUUAAAUGAAUAUUUUACAUUAUGUUUGUUUAUGGAUGUACUAUGUGUGAAUGGUAUUCAAGACGCCUAGUAUAGUAUGGAUGAGUUGGACUGCGGUUGACUAUUCGUACUGUACGGCGGGUUGUUGACGUGUCCGGUAGGUCCGGGGCGUGACAUCUGAGCUGGAAGAGAAGCCUUCUCACAGUGGUAUCAGAGACACGGAGGGACUGCCAAGUCGGUCUAGAAGCUUCCAGUCUGUCCAGUUUGCUGCCGCCAGGGAGGUGCCGCUGCAGCCUUCCAGCCUCUGGCGCCGAGCUCUAUAGCGGCCCAUGCUGCCUAAGGUAAGUCGGCUAACCCAACCUCGGUCCCCGCUCAAGUAAAUUGGCGAUAAACAUCCUUGGUAUACCGGAGUGCCACCGGAUUUAUUCUCCCCCCCCCCCCCCCCCCCGCUCCCCCGCUGCUGACCUACGUGGUCUUGGAUGCCGACUGUGUCCGGCCCCCAGAGGUUAUUCAAUUUGUUUCCCAUUCUCUAAAGACGCAUCGGAGGCCGGAACACAAUACCAUGAUGGCUGGAACUCCGGUGGAACAACAUGGAGAAGGAGCAGUUAAUGAAAAACAUCAAAGGGGCGAUAGAAAUAUUAUCAGACAACGACUGCUAGUUGUGGCAAAUAGGUUGCCAGUCUCGGCAACGAGGAAUGCCGAUCAGUCUUGGUCACUAGAGAUUAGUGCUGGUGGUCUAGUUAGUGCUCUUCUUGGUAUAAAUGAGUUUGAGGCCAUAUGGAUUGGUUGGCCUGGUUUGAAUCUCACCAAUGAUGAGGAAGGGAGGAAGUCACUUGCAAAAUCAUUAGCCCAAAAGAGAUGUGCUCCUGUAUUCCUGGAUGAUGAGAUUGUGGAUCAGUAUUACAAUGGUUACUGCAAUAACAUAAUAUGGCCGCUUCUACAUUAUCUUGGACUUCCACAAGACGAUCGACUUGCAACGACCAAAACUUUCAAGUCCCAGUUUGAUGCAUUCAAAAGAGCAAAUAACAUGUUUGCUGAUGUAGUGAGUGAACAUUAUAAGGAUGGUGAUAUUGUUUGGAUUCAUGAUUAUCAUCUUAUGUUCCUCCCUGAAUGUCUAAAGAAGAACAACAGUAAAAUGAAAGUGGGCUGGUUUUUGCAUACACCAUUUCCUUCUUCCGAAAUACAAAGGACAUUGCCAUUCAGUUCAGAGCUGUUGCGUGCAAUUCUCUCUGCCGAUAUGGUUGGUUUUCACACUUAUGACUAUGCAAGACAUUUCGUUACUGCGUGUACUCGCAUCCUUGGGCUUAAAGGUACUGCUGCAGGAGUAGAGGAUCAAGGAAGACUGACUCGUGUAGCUGCGUUUCCGAUUGGAAUAGAUUCUGACCGAUUCAUUCGAGCUAUCGAAACUGAGUCAGUGCAGAGCCACAUGGUAGAUUUGAUGAAGAGAUUUGUGGGGAGAAAGAUCAUAUUAGGGGUUGAUAGACUUGAUAUGAUCAAAGGGAUUCCCCAAAAACUACUAGCAUUUGAAAAUUUUCUUGAGGAAAAUCCACAAUGGCAAGAUAAAGUGGUUUUGCUGCAAAUUGCUAUCCCAACGAGAACAGAUGUUCCUGAGUAUCAAAAGCUAACCAAUCAGGUCCAUGAGAUUGUUGGACGCAUCAAUGGCAGAUUUGGAUCUUUAUCUGAUUUUCCCAUUCACCAUCUGGACCGUUCUCUUGACUUUCAUGCUUUAUGUGCGUUGUAUGCUAUUACCGAUGUAGCACUUAUCACAUCUAUACGUGACGGAAUGAACCUUGUCAGCUAUGAGUUCGUGGCUUGUCAAUCAUUAAAAAAGGGGGUUCUUAUCCUUAGUGAAUUUGCAGGUGCUGCACAAUCUUUGGGAGCUGGAUCCCUCCUUGUUAAUCCUUGGAAUGUCUCAGAGGUUGCAGCUUCUAUCAAAGAGGCCUUAGAUAUGCCUGCUGAUGAACGUGAAAAACGUCACCUGCUUAACUUUACACAUGUGACAACCCAUACUUCUCAAAAAUGGGCAGAAACUUUUGUGAGUGAAUUAAAUGGCACUGUUCUUGAAGCUCAGCAAAGGAUAAGAGACGACCCACCAAUAUUCAAUGUCAAUAAUGCAAUUGAUCGCUACUUGCAGUCCAAUAACCGGCUGUUGAUAUUGGGUUUCGAUGGGGUGCUAACAGAAAUGGUGGAUAGCCUUGCAAAAAGAGGUUGCGAUCGGGUUAAAGAUAUGGAACUUAGAUUGCAUCCCAUUUUGAAUGGACCUUUAGCGGCAUUGUGUAGGGAUCCAAAGACAACAAUUGUUAUUCUCAGUGGAAGUGACAGAACUAACUUAGAUGAUAUCUUUAGUAAGUACAACAUAUGGUUGGCAGCAGAGCAUGGGAUGUUUCUUCGAUCUACAAAUGGAGAAUGGAUGACUACAAUGCCAGAGCUCCUAAACAUGGAUUGGGUUUACAGUGUAAAGCAUGUAUUUGAGUACUUCACUGAAAGAACACCCGGAUCUUAUUUUGAGAUGCGUGAAACUUCUCUUGUUUGGAACUACAAGUAUUCAGAUGUUGAGUUUGGAAGGUUUCAGGCUAGAGAUAUGCUACAAUAUCUCUUCACUGGCUCAAUAUCUAAUUCAUCUAUAGAUAUUGUUCAAGGACAAUAUACUGUUGAGGUUCGAGCCGUUGGUGUUACCAAGGGAGCAGCAAUUGACCGUAUACUCGGUGAAAUAGUUCACAGUGAAUCCAUCACAACUCCAAUUGAUUAUGUUCUCUGCAUGGGGCAUUUUUUUGGAAAGGAUGAGGAUGUGUACCGAUUUUUUGAGCCAGACCUUCCUUGUGAUGCAAUGGGAGUUCCAAGAACCAAGUUAGGUGAUGCAAUGAUGGCAGGAGCAGAACAUGGGGGAGUGAUAAAGAAUUCAUCAAACAAGACUAAGCCAACAUCGAUCUCUAAAAAAGCAACACAAAACAACCCAUCAGGGGAUGGACGAUGCCAGCCCCCCGAAAAUGCUUCAUGGAAUGUGUUGGAUCUCAAGAAGGACAAUUACUUCUCAUGUGCAGUUGGCCAGACUCGUACAGAUGCUCGAUAUUGCAUGAAGACCUCAGGUGAUGUCGUGAAAUUCCUAAUUGACCUGGCUGCAGCAUCAAUCCCAUAAACACCGACUCUAUAUCAAGGGAUGAAUUAGUCUAGGCUUCUUAAUCAUCCUCUUCUUCCUCCGCGUUAUCGACCAUCAAAUCUCUCUAGGGUGUUUGCUUUGUGAAGUUUAGCUUAUAGACUUGACAACAAUGUUUGAACGUAUAAUCUCGAACUAAUGCAGUGAUAUAUGUUUCAUAUAUGUAAAUUUACAGCACUUCUUUAAAAAAACGGAUGUAAAAUGAAAAUAGAUAUCUAAUAUGCAUUACUUUAAUAGUUUUAGUUAUUUC